CCUGCCCGCGCUGGUUCCACUCUGCAGUCACCAGGUGUGCAUCUCCGAUCCGCGCGCGAGACAUGGGCGGCGGCGGCCGGGGGGAGCCGUGGUGGGGCCUGCCAGCGGCGAGGUCGAGGGUGCUGGGGAGGCUGGGACCCUCCUUCGGCAUUGGCGCCGGCUGCGGCGUCGGCGUCGGCGUCGGCCUCAUCGGCGGUGCAGGAGUUGGGGCUGGAUUCCCUGGUCUACGCUUGGGAUUUGGAGUUGGUGCCGGUUGCGGUAUAGGAAUUGGAUUUGGUUAUGGUUUCGGAAAAGGAGUUGCUUACGAUAAGAAUGGGAGAUAUUCAAACAUUGGGAGAUCAAAUCGGAAUUCUAGGGGCCUAAAAUCUGAAGAUCAGAUUGAUAUCCUGGUCGAUGAGCUGAUCGAAAAUUCCAAGAGACUAAUCAAAGCAACAUCAAAGGAGAUCGAUAAGUGGAGGCGAGCUUAGUGCAAUUGGCACCAGGAACUGUGUUGUUUAGGUGCUCAGUGCUUUGCCUUAGGCGCAGACACCACUCUGAAACGUACUAUCGCUUGUGUGUGAUUUCCCUGAAUUCUUUUCAGUGUCCGAGGCUCGUGCGACAUGCUGCCCAUAUUUUAUACGAUUGUAGCAAAUGCCUGGUUUGCCUACCACGUGCUAAGAUGCGAUUGAAUGUGAUCGCAAUGUUGAAUAUUACAUAUUAAAUAUUAUGCCGGAUCGUUGUGUUUGUUUA